CGAUGCGCCGAGUCAUUGACCGAAGUCUACGGGCUCCACUCGGUAUCACAUCUUCAAAAUGUUCGCAGGCUGGAACCUCGUUCUGACGCUCAUUAUCACGUCGUUUGUCCGCCAAAGUCGCGGAUUCUGGCCAUUUACAGUUUCCGCCUCGACCGAUGCUCCCGACACCGUUUACUCAGAUGCAGGUGCCAAACGUAUUGCAAUAAUCGGAGCUGGUGCAGCAGGAAGCUCGGCGGCAUAUUACCUGGAACGAUUUGCCAACAAGUCCGAAGUUGCAAUCAACGUGACCGUAUUUGAGCGCAAUUCCUAUGUUGGCGGGCGUACAACGACUGUCAAUGCAUAUGGCAACCCUCUGGAACCUGUGGAGCUUGGAGCAAGUAUUUUCGUCGAAGUUAAUUCCAUUCUUAAGAACGCUAGCCGUGAGUUUGGCCUCCAUGCAAAAGAAUCCGGCACCGGCACGGAGAUCCUCGGCAUUUGGAAUGGAAAGACCUUCGUCUAUACUCAAAAGGAGGGUGGCUGGAAGUACUGGGAUCUGGCUAAACUUUUCUGGAAAUAUGGUCUUGCUCCAUAUCGCACUCAGCGUCUGAUGCGAAUAGUUGUUGGCAAGUUCUUGAAGCUUUACCAGUUUCCAUUCUUUCCUUUUAGAUCAUUGUCUGAUAGAGCACUUGACCUUGAUCUCAUUUCCGUAACCGCACAGACAGGACAGGAGCUUCUUGCUAGUAAUAGCAUUGGUGCUUCUUUUGCGACCGAUAUCGUUCAAGCCAGUACACGAGUCAAUUAUGGUCAAAAUAUUGCUACAAUUCACGGUUUGGAAACAAUGGUUUGUAUGGCUAUCGAAGGAGCUAUGCAAAUUGACGGAGGAAAUUGGCAAAUCUUCGAUAGCAUGUUGAAGACGACGAAGACUACGACUCUGCUCAACACUACCGUAAGCGCAAUUUCAAAGACCAACGGCAGAUACAGCAUCAAAACAAAAUCUGAGGACUCCACCACCCUACGGACCGUGCUUAGUCAAGAGUUGUUCGAUACGGUCGUCCUUGCCGCUCCGCUUCAAUAUUCUGAUCUGAAACUUGAGAAGGGGCUUCUAAAGCACACACCUGAUGAGAUUCCCUACGUAACAUUACAUGUAACUCUCUUCACCACCAAAAAGACAUUCAGCCCGUCAUUCUUUAACCUCGCUCCUGGCGUUGAGGUCCCCACGACCGUUCUCACCACUCUUCCAGUGGACGAGAUUCCAGAAGAUCCUACGAAAGGUGUGGGCUCACCAGGUUUCUUCAGCAUAAGCACCCUUCGCCAAGUUAUCAACCCAGCGACUUCGGAGCAAGAGUACCUUUACAAGGUCUUCUCUCCCGAGAAAUUGACAUCCAAUUUUCUUUGCAAGCUUUUUGGCACCCAUGUCCCUCAAGAUCUGUCCGCCGUGACCCCAGACUCCGGUGAGGCAAUAACUUGGUACUAUUCCAAAGUCUGGCAUUCAUAUCCCUAUGAGUUCCCACGCGUCACCUUUGAGGACCCAGAGCUCGCGCGAGGUUUUUACUAUACUAGCGGCAUUGAGAGCUUCAUUAGCACGAUGGAAACCAGUGCCCUGAUGGGAAUGAAUGUGGCAAAGCUCAUCGUCAACGAUUACUUGCAGCUUGUUGUAGAUCAAGCUGACAUAGAGGAUCCCGCACAACCUGUUCUUGGACACAAUUCGAAGAUCGAGCACGUGGAGGAACUGUGAUUGCUGAGUUUUCGUGGAUUUUGGCUUAUAUUGUAUGUGUUUAGGCCAUAGCUGCUAAGUUCUUUCUCCAGGAGAAAUAUUCAGACUCAAUGUUGCACGUGGUCCCGUUCAUUUCCCGGGACACAAAAGUUAUUUGUCGAAUCUCUUUAGUCAUUCGACGUGUCUUAUCUGACACAACUAGUUCCUCCUUAGUCGUAAUAUUGAAGCGUGUUCAUUUACAUGGUAAGGUGUGACAAAGUCGUGACGAUGAGAAG